UGGCGGUUGAAGGAAGUGGAUGCGAGGAACCUCCCAUUUUAAAGGGAGUUUUCUCCUUGUAUCCCAAACUCAAACCACAAUACAGAGUUAUUUUGAGUGCAGAAGAAUUGAAAUAUUGUAUAGACUCUGAAUCUAAUAAUAAAACCAAAUGGAACGUCAUGAAAAUGUCUGAUAUCGUUGGAUGUCAUUGCAUGAAGGGAAAACAAGAAUCAGAUUCCAAUGCAUACUUUUGUGUUUAUGGAUAUCCAUUUAAAAAGAAAACUCUCAGCAAAAAAUCAGUUAGGAAACGAGUUCCACUGACGUUUACUGUUGAUGAGUGCACUUCUCAUGAUGAAAACCUUAAAGUUGCUCAACAUUGGAGAGUUGUUUUCCUUCAUCUUUUGAGAGGGAUAGUCGUAACAGAUGUUUCUAUUCUCACAGAGCCAAUCGCUAGACGAAUGCUUGUACUGGUGAACCCAUUCAGCGGACCUGGGAAAGCAUUGAAGAUAUUCCAAGAACGUGUCAUUCCUGUAUUUGCUGAAGCAGACAUUCACUUUCGGAUGGUCAUUACAGAAUAUGCAGGCCAUGCCAGAGCCAUGAUGAAGAGGCUAGACCUAGAUGAGUGGUAUGGAAUCAUAAUCGUAUCAGGGGAUGGUCUCAUAUUUGAAGUCAUAAAUGGUCUUAUGGAGAGAGACGACUGGGCAGUUGCCAUUAAGAAGCCAAUUGGAACUAUACCUGGGGGGUCAGGCAAUGCCCUCAGCUGUGCCAUCAAUUAUGCUGCUGGUGAGCCAUAUCUUGAAAGAGCAGUGCUACAUGCAUCAUUGAUCAUAGCAAAGCAUCAGCUAAUGCCAAUGGACCUAGUUGCCCUGGAUACAGUCUCUGGGAAACGUCUCUACUCAUUUCUGUCAGUAGCAUGGGGUAUGAUUUCUGAUAUUGAUAUAGAAUCAGAGAAAUACCGCUACAUGGGAGAUGCCAGAUUCUUCUUUGAAGGAAUGGUGAAGAUAGCUGCUAGAAAAUUGUACCGUGGAACAUUAUCUUUCCUUCCUAUUGGAGAAUACAACGGGGAGACUAGACCACAUAAACCUAGAGACAGAACAACCAGUGAUGUAGGAACAGCUAAUUUCAAAGAGGAUGAUCAACGUCUCCGCACAGUUAGCUGUCCAACUGUUGGAUUCUAUGAUUCAUCAAGGGCGCAUGCACCAACAAGACAGGACAGUGAUGUAGAGAGGGGCCCUGUGGAUGGUUUGGAGAACAUCUCUGCACCUGUUAAUGAUGUGUUUGAAUAUCCAAUGGAGAAUGGUGAAAUUAGUGAAUCCUUAGAUGUAGAUAAUAACAAUGAAGAGAUUGGCAAAGGUGAUAGUGCAGAGGUUUCAGGGGAAACUCUUAUCAAUGGCAGCCACAGGGAAAAUGGCACUGGAAUGAAUAAGAAGAUGUCAAGUUACGAUUGUAUAGAAACACCUUUGUUGAAUCCUUUAGAUGAAGAUGUGCCUGAUGACUGGAUUACUAUAGAUGUUGCCACCUACUCAUUUGCUGCAGCAUAUCAGACACACUUUAAUGCAAGUGCAUUUGCUGCACCUGACAGUCAAUUUGAUGAUGGUGUCAUCCAAAUUAUGUUUGUCAAAAAGUCAGCAACACGUAAAGUUUUACUUCAAAGUAUAGCAGAGAUGGCUGAAGGAAAGCAUUUAGAGAAUAGGCAUUUUACUUCUAUCAAAUGUAAAGCAUUCCGCCUUGUGCCUAUUACAGAUGGAUAUCUGUGUGCAGAUGGAGAAAAGGUGGACUAUGGUCCCAUACAGGGACAGGUAUUGGCAAGAUAUGCUACUCUAAUCGGUAGAUCCCCAAUCCCAGAGAAUGAAUAGAGAAUGGUGGAGAAAACUUGCCUAUGCACAAGCUCACCAGGACCAAAUGCAUUUAACAUCUGUCCUUGAACACCUGUUUUCUGGUGUGAUAAUUUCUUUGAUCUUAUCAAUACAUGUUUAUUCCAACGAACGAAGUUCGAGGGGGGUAUAGGAAAGCCAUUCAUUCGUCUGUCCGUCUGUUUGUCCAGGGGAUAACUCAAAUAUCGAUUUACGGAUUUGAUUCAAAUUUUAUA